AUGGCUCCUAUCCUGUUAGAACCCGCAACUGUCGAUUCCCAGUCCAGCCCUGCUCCACUGAAGGUAGCAGUCAAUGGUACUUCUACCGAGGGAGCUGACCUCACCCUGAAGGACCGUCCUUGGCGACUCCUACAUCUAGUUGAUACCCUCAACCCUCCGCCACCUGUUCAAGGAGAACACCCGGAUAUUCAUAUCCAGCGACUACUCCAAUUGGCAUGGGUUACCACGAUCAAAGCCUUUUCCUGCUCGACAACACUGUACGUUGGCCAAGACUAUUCAAAGGGUCAAUGCUACAUAGGCGAGGCGGCUCAUGGCUACUCAAAGCCGACCGUUCCGAUCCAUGUGGAUCCUCAUGAUACCAUCAUAGAUCUCUUCCGCGAGAGCAUUGAGGCAUUGGCUUCGUUAUCCAGUAACAGAGUCACGGAGAACGGCCAUCCCACUCAAGACCGCGAAGAUUCCGGCUUCAAUAUCACAAUCGUCUACCAGAAGCAACUGGCUGAGCGCCUCCUAUCUGGCAAUGAUACAUGUGUGGGCGAAUGCCAUGUCUGCUGUGGCUUACCGGCGAGAGAGCCAACGGAGGCAGACUCGAUAUUCUCCGGUCUCCGCCUUUCAAUACGACAUACCUCCGACGAUAGGUUAUAUGCUCGAUUGGAUGCUGGAAACACUGACAUUGGACUGCCAUUGGCUACAAGCCUCCUGAACAGUUUUAACCAGGCCUUGUCAUCAAUUGAUGGCUCAUCCAACCAGACAAUCUGUAGCCUCGAGUUAUGCUCUGCGCAAGAUUUUGACCUGAUUGCCCAAUUCACUAGAAACAUUGAGCCUGCCCGUGAUGCUCUCCUGCAUGAUCUUUGUUUGCAACACGCGACGACAACCCCUAAUGCUCCUGCUGUUCGCUCUUGGGAUGGGGAUCUGACAUAUCGCCAACUCGAGAACUUAACUUCUAGAUUGGCACAUUGGCUAGUGGGACAAGGCGUUGGCCCAAAUAUUUAUGUGGCUUGUGCCUUUUACAAAUCCACCUGGGCUAUUGUGGCCAGACUGGCUGUUCUUAUGGCUGGUGGUGCGUACAUCUGCGUUGAUGGCAGGGAUCCACCACCAUAUCUUGCAUCUGUCCUUGAACGUACCCAGAUAAAGAUCAUGCUCACUUCAGCUGGCUAUAAGCAAAACUUUGCGGAUCGGGUUGAAACACUAUUCGAGGUCAGCGCCGCUUCCGUUUCCAGCUUGCCAUUGGUGAAUUCGGUCCCUUGUUCUACUGUUACCCCCACCGAUCCCUGCCUUGUGCUCUUCACGUCCGGUAGCACGGGAAAACCCAAGGGAAUCAUUCAAGAGCACCGUAGCUAUGCCUCUGCGUUGACGGAUUACAUCCGAGCCAUGGACAUGGGUCCACAUAGCCGGAUGUUCCAAUUUGACUCCUACACCUUCGACAUCAGUAACAACGACUUUCUAACACCUCUCAUCGCUGGCGGAUGCUGCUGUGUUCCAACUAUAUCUCUGACGAUGGAGGCCCUGAUGAAUGACAUGAACGAUCUGGAGGGGAACAUGAUGUUCAUCACACCAUCAGUCGCCGUCGACAUGGAUCCCGAGCGCGUUCCCACUCUGGAGAUGAUGUGUAUUGGUGGCGAGCCAGUCUCAGACGCUGUACUGGCAAAAUGGCUGAACCGCGUGCAGGUCGUGAACCAGUACGGUAUGGGGGAGAUAGCUUCUCUGUGCGCAUAUAACCGCAACCUCCAGAUGGGACACGGGUCAGUGGUCGGUCGUCCCGCUACCGGUGCAAUCUGGAUCGUCAAUCCCGAUAACCCCGACCAGCUGAUGCCCGUCGGAGCCGUGGGCGAACUUCUCAUCGAGGGCCCUCAUCUCUCCAAGGGGUAUCUAGACCACGUAUCUGGAAAAUCGGAGAACUUCCUCUCUACACCACCAGUAUGGAUGGCCCAGCUCCACACCGAGAGGCCGAGUCACCGCUUCUAUCGCUCUGGAGAUCUAGGCCGGUACAACCACAAUGGGACGAUCGAGCUGAUGGGCCGCAAGGAUAGUAUGCUCAAGCUCGACGGCGCGCGCGUCGAAGCCGGACAAGUGGAAUACGCUCUCCGGCGCAACUUGUCCACCGGCGAUGCCGCCAUCGUGGACGUUCUCGGCACCAUCGACGGGCAAAGCGAUCCUAUUCUUGCCGUUUAUCUUUACUUGGCAAAUAACCCCAUGAACAUGGAGAACGGUCCGAUCGAAGAAAUGGAGUUCCGUCCGGUUAGCGAGAGGCAGGCUGUGCAUGCGCUCACCGAGUCUCUGAGCGAGGCGGUUCGACAAAAUUUGCCCAGGUACUAUGUGCCUGGGCUGUAUAUCCUUAUUGAUAGAGUCCCGCGCACGAAGUCGAAGAAGACAGAUCGACGAAAGCUUCACAUGUUGGGACAGGCUUAUUACAUGGAGCAUCGGGAUGAGCUGGAGGAUAUUACUGUCUGGUUGGACUGGAGUAAACUAUAA